UGGUUUUUGUAGAGGGAUCUUAUUCACACCUGACCUCAUGGAGCCCAGAAUACUGAUCUUACUGGGGAUGCUGGUUACCUCCAACACAGGCUUCGCGCUCACAUCUCACAUCUCCCGGUUGCCAACCACUAAACUCAUCCUACACUUAAAGGAAGGGGCAAGAAAGGGAAGCCGGGGUGAGAAAGCGCCAGGAGCCCCCUCUGUACAGCCUGGCGUGCCCCUAUCGCUCGCCACAGCUUCACCAGGACCCCAAGGUACCCCCAUCUCUGGAUAUGAGCAAAGAAGGAGCAGUUUCCACCUGGAGCCCGAUUCUGGUGGAGCCCACAGGAGGGCACGGAGGUGCACAUGUUACACGUAUAAGGACAAGGAGUGUGUGUACUACUGCCACUUGGACAUUAUAUGGAUUAACACGCCUGAGAGAACGGUGCCAUAUGGACUUUCCAAUUACAGAGCGAAAAGGUCGACUGAAAACGCACAAGGUCAUUCGGAGACAAUGCCACGGUGUUCGUGCGAAGACGCCGCCGACAAGCCGUGCACGCGUUUCUGCAGCAGGAGUUCCCGAUCUUCACAAAGAAAGAGGAGAGACAGACAAUUAAACAAGAGGCAAAUUCACGCAGUAGCCCGACCACCUGCCGUGUGAAGCCUUCAGCAGAGGUUUGGAAAAGUCAUCAAGGACAAAUGAGCUACGAGAUACUCAUGAUUUAUGAGCCCACGAGGCUGUCGUAGGCUGACACUCGGACAAUGGACAAGUCACCCCUGUUAAAGCAAACGUCAAACCUUUUGGAGAAGACGCAGACUUUACCUUACCUCACACACAGUAUUUCUGAUUCACUGAGGCGAUUGUCGUAGAAAGGGAGGAACAAACAAACAAAAAAAUUCAACCGAACCAGAAGCGGGUUCAUAACCAACCAGCCGGGAUGUAACAUUAUAAUUAACCCCAUCAGCCCCCAGAACUGACUGGGUUAAUUAUAAUUCCUGGGAAAGCAAAAUAACUAAAUGGAGUUAAUACAGCUUAAAAAGCAUGCGUAUAUACGACUAACGUCACCAAAAAAAUAUGUAUCAAUGCAAAAGCGCUUGUGUACCUUUUUAAGCAUACAAUUAACCCAGUUCUUGGCUAGAUGUUUAUUGGAACAUUAAGGGACUUUAAUCUGAAAGUUAACCAGUCUUUCUGGGCGCCCCCCCCCCAAAAAAAAAACAACCCCUGUGCCUUUUUAAAGCUUUGGCGUUUUUCUAAGGUGCUAACAUCAACGAUCUCAGAUAUCGGACUUGGAGAAAUUGACCGACAGACCUGUGAAGGGUUAAAAAAAAUCAUUCCCGGACCGCAGGGACAUUUUUCUAGGAAUUAAUAUUUUAUGGCGGAUCUUUUCCGAUGAAGGACGUCCUUGAGGGAGAAAUGGUGGGACUAUUGACGUUGAUGGUCUUGGAGGAAUGAGUGAUGAGCAGCCAAAUGAAAAGAAGAAAAUAAACAUGUUUUUUGGGAAACAGCAUCACGUAUGUGCAUGAAUCCUCCGCUCGGAGUCUCUUCUACCACUGGAAUGAUAACGUCCACCUACAUGUGGCUAUCUUUGGGAUUACAAGAUCAUAGGACGUGCUCCAAAAAUGUGGAUCGAUAUUGAUGGGGGUUUUUUUUGUAGAUAUCCCAACAUUCUAACGUUUCAGGAGAAUAACAAAUGCUAACCAUGUCAAGGACACUGUUUUGUGAAGUAAAAAGCACGUGAUAUAUAUCAUAAAAGGCACAUAUUAGCACACCCGGGUGCAAUCCACAAGAAUAAAAAAAAUGUAAAUCCGGUUAAAUAGUUCUAGAUUGUUCACAGGAUUUAAAUACAGUUGCAGUAAAAUGUAGGUCCAAUUUGGACUGUUAUCAAAAAUUCUUGUACUUUUUCGUUAAGUUUGUCCAUUUAUUCUCUGCCUACUUUUUACACCCAGAUUUGUAUUUAAACCCUGUGUGUGUUUUUGUAUUAUUCUUUAAAUAUUUUAUUAUAUAUAUAUUUAAAUAUAUAUAUGAGUAUUUUUUAUCAUUAAAAAAAGUAUGGUUUUA